AUGGACACUAAAACCCCAGUUACAUUAGCUAAAGUCAUCAAAGUCUUAGGUAGAACCGGCUCCAGAGGUGGUGUCACCCAAGUUAGAGUUGAAUUUGUUGAAGACUCUUCCAGAACCAUUGUCAGAAACAUCAAGGGUCCGGUAAGAGAAGGUGAUCUCUUAUGUUUGAUGGAAUCAGAAAGAGAAGCCAGAAGAUUACGUUAA